CUCCCAAGCACCACCCUCCAACACAUCCUAAUCCUCCCCGGCCCCCCGUGCCACCAAUAAUCAUGCCACCUCCGGUCAUCACUCCACCAAUCAUAAACCCUCCCGGGAUCAUCCCGCCCAUCAUAAACCCUCCCGUGACAAAGCCCCCGCCUUCCUCCUCUUAUCCUCCCUACACCCCACCACCACCGGGGGCCACGUGCCCUAUAGACGCGCUGAAACUAGGGCUGUGCCUCGACGUACUGGGAGGGUUAGUCCACGUGGGUAUCGGAAACCCGGUGGAGAACGUAUGCUGCCCGGUGCUACAAGGGCUCCUUGAGCUGGAGGCUGCCGUUUGUUUGUGCACAACUAUAAGGCUUAAGCUUCUCAACCUCAAUAUUUUCCUUCCUUUGGCGCUGCAGCUGUUGGUCACGUGCGGCCUCACGCCGCCGCCGGGAUUCAUGUGCCCGCCGCUCUAGACUUUCUGCUCAUGGAGAUGGAGGAGAUGUCGCAACACAGUUUGGGCUUUUGUAAUACUUAAUUUGCUGAUUAAUUUUCCUAAAUGUUUUGUAUUACUCCUACUACUUGUGUUUACUUGACUAAA